AUGUCUUGCCGUGAAAAGAGGAAGAUGCUUGCAAAGGGUGACGCCAACACAACCAUUGGCAUUAUGGAGAAGAGGAAGCGAGAUGAUCCUGAAUUCUAUUUUGAUUACAAGCUUGGUAAAGGUGGAAAAUUGUUACACCUGUUCUGGUGUGAUUCUCAGUCUCGGCAGGACUAUGCCGACUUCGGUGAUGUGCUGGUGUUUGACAGCACGUACAAAACAAAUCGGUAUGCUAUGCCGUUCAUACCUUUUGUGGGAAUAAACAAUCACCGCCAGACUACUGUUUUUGCAUGCGCCAUUGUCUCGGACGAAAAGGAAGUAACAUACAAGUGGUUGUUAGAAACAUUCCUGAAAGCCAUGUAUCAGCAGAAGCCUAAAGGGAUCAUCACUGAUGGGGACGCUGCAAUGAUCGCCGCUGUUGGUAAAGUCUUUCCAGGCGUGUGGUACCGUGUUUGUACGUGGCAUAUUGAGAAGAACAUGAAGAAGCACAUUGACUCCCUGGCUCACAAUGAAUUCCGGUUGCUGCUGUACUACACCACUUCAGAACAAGUAUUCGAGGAGAGAUGGAGGGCAUUCGUCGAGAAGCACCAGACGGAAUUAACCAAAGAAUGGAUGAAGAGGAUGUAUAGGAGGAAGAAGUUGUGGUCAGCCGCGUAUCUAGCGAAUGGAUAUUUCCUCGGAAUGAAAAGCAACCAGAGGAGCGAGAGUUUGAACUCCACCCUACACACCCACCUUGACUUUGGACUGACAAUGGUGGAUAUGGUUGUGCACUACGAGAAUAACGAUGAGCCGUGGCUGGACGUACUGGCUGGCGUCGUACAAGGCAUCGAUUUCCUUGUACGCCGCCUCCCUCUCGGCAGCGGCGCGAGCAGCAGCAGCCACCGCAUCUGCGCCGCCGCCCAGAUCAGCACCAGCAGCUCCCGCGCCGCCGUCCGCCACCGCACCAGCGCCGCCGCCCAGAUCAGCACCAGCAGCUCCCGCUCCCGCAACCGCUCCCGCUCCCACAACCGCUCCCGCAACCUCUCCCGCGGCCGCCCCCGCAGCCGCUCCCUCUCCGCCCUCCAAACCAGCAGCAGCCGCGGCUAG